AUGGCUGAAGAUGAUUUGAAGCUUGUUUUAACAGGAAAAAAGAAGAAAUCAAAGAAACCAAUUUUAUUAGACGAUGAGCGAACCAAAGCAGAUGAAAAUGUUGCACCGGUUGUUGAGUCAGAGGAGCUAGUGUUAGGACCGAAAAAGAAGAAAAAGUUACCCAAAGUAACUGUUGAUGAAGAGCAAGCUGUAAAUGAGACACAGGCAGAGGUGGAUAAUGUCGGUCGUUCAAAUCUAAUUGACUCGAAAGGUCCUUGGCCUGAUUACACAUAUGAACAAUUAUUGGAGCUGGUUUUCGGUAUUAUGCGUGAAAGAAAUCCAGAUUUGGCUGCAGGUGAAAAUAAAAAGUUCAUGAUGAAGCCACCUCAGGUAGCGCGUGCUGGCAGUAAAAAGACGGCAUUUGCUAAUUUCUCUGAGAUUUGUCGAUUACUAAAGCGACAACCAAAGCAUGUCUUGCAGUUUUUGUUAGCUGAGCUAGGUACGACUGGAUCUAUUGAUGGCAACAGUUGCUUGAUUGUUAAAGGACGUUUUCAGCAAAAGCAUAUUGAAAGUGUUCUGCGAAAGUAUAUUAAGGAAUACGUUACUUGUCAUACCUGUCGCUCAUCAGAGACCGAAUUAACUAAAGAUACACGACUGUUUUUCCUAGAAUGUAAGACUUGUGGUAGUCGAUGUUCAGUGACUGCUAUCAAAAGCGGAUUUACUGCUAUGGUCGGGAAACGUGCUGCAUUACGACGAGCUGCUGAGGCAACUGCGGGUAAAUAA